UACAAAUCGGCUUCGAAGGUUCGCGCUUGAUAGAAGAUGCGUUUUAUACGGAAAGAUCAUAAGCCGUCGACGGAGGCAGAAGAACAACGACUUUUGUUCUUUCGUGGGCUUCCAGUAAAAUCCAGAUCGCAUGUCCUCAUCCUUGGGCUUGGCAUGGCUGCUAGCGCUAUAGUUCUGACCCUACUACUCGGUGUCAUUUUCCUACCUUCGUGGGGCAGCUCUGGUGAGAAGGGCAAAUCGCUAGUGUGCAAAACGUCACCGUGCACUAGAUACGCCUAUUACUUGGAGAGCUCUAUUAACAUCAAAACCAGUCCCUGCGACGACUUCUACCAGUACGUGUGUGGUUCCUGGGUUCCAACUUCGAAGCAAGAGACCUCUGUGGGGGAUGGUAUGUACAUAAAAAUCAUGCGAGGCAUCAUUUCGAAGGCCAAGAAUCACCCAACGAUCAGCCGCGGCAGGGCGACGAAUAAAGCGGCUGAUAUGUUGAAAGCGUGCUUGAGUGCUCAUACACGCAGUGAAGAAAAUAUGGUUUACCUCAAAAAGUUUAUGGCGGAAAACAGUAUGAGCUGGCCGGUUCCUCCACAAGUGGAGAUUCAUCCCUUGGAGCUUAUCAUUAAUCUAGCAGCCAAGUGGAGAACGGAGUUCAUCUUCAGAAUAAUGUUGACUUCCAGAAACAGAUCAAACAUUGUGAUGCUAUACCCCGGCGCACACAUCUCUCACUUCAACGAGACGCAUGCUCCCUUGGACGAGUUCGACGCUUAUGUCAAUGAACACGCUGCGCUAUUUGGUCAGUCAGUAAGUGGCACGACGAUAACUCAGCUGGUAACGACGCAGAACGAAGUGCAACGUGUCGUGAUGUCCUUGACAUCUCCACUUAAGUCUCCAAGUGCACUGUCUCCAAUGAGACUUGUGAAGGAACGGAACAUGUCCGUUAUCGACGGAGCUACUUGGGUGUCGUUCUUGGAGAAGCACGUAAACAAGGGGGACUUCGUCAUCGACGGAAGCAUAGACGAAAAUGCUAUCCUGUUCGCGACUGACCUAAGACUAUUGAUAGCGUUAGACCUCUUACUCCAACUACCGCACACACAAUUAGUCAGCUUCAUCACGUGGAAGUUUGUGGAACGCUUCGGCCUCAUUCUGUCCUCGUCCAUAAAUGACAUCCAAACUAGCUACGAUAUCAACUUUUACUGUUGCACUUUCGUUGAAGAAAUAUACGGGUUCGCCCUGUCGGCAAACUACACUAUGAAUAUCGCCGAGGAUAGCGAGCGGAACACCACCGACAAAUUUAUGGGAAAUAUUACUGAAUCGGUGAAAGACAUGCUACGGAACAGUUACUGGACACCAGACACACUUAUUGGUGCUCGGAGAAAGCUGGAUGCUAUGAUUCGUUGGGUGUGGGUUCGUGGACUAACCAACUAUCUUUCCACCCUCGACCGAUUUUACGCGCAGUUCCCCUACAUGGAAGGCAGUUUCACCCUCAACUGGAUCGAAUGCAACAAGGUUCUGUGGAGAAAGUCGAACACAUACGACUACGUGCAGUACAUUGUUACAACUGACCCAGCAGGUUUUAGGUACCUACACGCUAUCAAUGGUGUACAGCUGCCUGUGACUUUAACCUUCCAACCGAUGUAUGACAAGGACCUCGCCGGUGCGAUUAAUUAUGCAGGGUUGGGCGCUGUGUAUGCUGAGACGAUUGCACAUGCUUUCGACUACUCCGGAAUUAUGUUCGACAGCGAGAAUCGCCUGGUGUCUUGGAUGUCCGACGAAUCUUUAGAGAGAAUCGAUAAAAAGUUCAAGUGCUACCAGGAUGCCGAGAACACCGAUGAGAUGUGGGCUUCAAUUGGCCUCGAGGCAGCUUACAAGGCAUUUCAAGACUCUGUAACCUGGGAAAAACACCUGCAGACACUGGUGAACUUCACCCAUUAUAGCCCUUCUCAGCUAUUUUUUGUGGCGUACUGUUUCGCAGCGUGCUCAUACACGGGAUACAACCGUUAUUCAGUUAGAAACAAGGAGGGGUGCAACUUCGCCUUGCAACAGUCUAGGGACUUCGCAGAAGCAUUUCAGUGUGCGAAGAGCUCUAGGAUGAACCCCAAUCGCAAGUGUACCUUUUGGACAUAAAUACCGGUUCAACUGACCCGACAUUACUAAUUUACCUAAUGUCGUUCAUAUGAACACGCAAUGCUGUCUGUUCAGAACUCAAGAACAUGCAUAGUGUCGACCGCAAAGUCGACUGCAAGUGGUAUAUCAGUAAUAAAAACUUCGGUAAGAAUAUA